GAGAGAGACAGAGAGAUUCAGUGGAGAUCAUCGUGACGACGUGAACGGCCGUGAUGGUGGUGGUGGUGAUGGUGGGGACGAUGAUGUCUCGGCUGUUGUCGCGAUGUGGACGUUGGCCGCUCCGUGUCCCCGCGGCUUCCCGCUUUGCCACGGCGGCGGCUGCCCGACCGAGUGACCGCCCGUGUAGGGCCCUUCUACAGCCCGCCUCUCAGCCGUGCCCAGCGAGGUCGCGGCGUUUGGUCAGCGGCACGGUGGCGACGGCACCCCUGGGCGAGGCGGCGUACGAGCGGCUCGCCGACGGCACCCUCGACGCCCUGCACGACUUCUUCGAUGAGCUGGGGGACGCUCCGAGCUCGCCGCGCGACUACGAUGUCGCCUACGCGACGGGAGUGUUGACGGUAAAGCUUGGCAGGGGCCUGGGCACCUACGUGAUAAACAAGCAGACGCCAAACAAGCAGUUAUGGCUCUCUUCACCAUUCAGCGGUCCAAAGCGCUACGACUGGACGGGCGACUGCUGGAUUUACGCGCACGACGGAACGUCGCUCCACGUUCUGCUCUCGCGGGAGCUCUCCUCCAUGCUCCACUCGCCCUUCGACCUCACGGCGCUGCCGUAUGCCGGCGGGAAGCUCCCAGAGUGAGCCGCCACCCGCUGCCGCCACCCGCUGCCACUGUGACGUCGGCGACAAAACUACCUCGUGGCACGGCGCCACCCGCUCGUGAGACGUGGAGGCGGGAGGGGAGGCGGCGGUGGCGGCGGCGAUGGUGGAACAACCGAACCUGACCGAUGGCAGAGCAACUGGCACUGAUGAACAAACGCCGAACAUCAGAUGGACAUCGGAUACGGGUGGCAUCAAACAUUGCAGUGGCCGAUUACCACGUUGAUAAAGCGACGUUGAUUUAUCGCCAAUGUCGAAAUGGGUACAGUGAAGUGACAAGAGCGAAGGCAUUGGCCCAGGUACAAAUAAGUCGUUGAAAACACCUGAGAAUUAGGCUAUAACAACAUUGUUUUACCGAAUAUAGAAUGGGGGGUGAAUAUUUAGAACGUGUCAAAAAAGUGUUUUUUUGUUAUGUUUGAAGCACAUUAAUCAGUGCACUUGGCAGUGUAUUCGUGGCCAGAUGGGUCACUGAGUCACUGAUCCUCAACGAGUGAGGGGCAGCUCUUGAACCAGUGGCCGCCAGGGCACUUUAUUUAUUUAUUUAUUCGCAAGUGCUGUUAAUUGCCCGUGGAUAAUCGCGACUUCACUGUACUUUGUCGCAGUCUUCGCGCUCGCGAUAUCGACUGCGCGAUAACGACCCCGAGCACUUGCGAUAUCACCUUGCGAACUGUCCCGCGUGGGCUGUCCGAUGUUGGGAAUUCUCGGCAAAAAAUAAACCGGUGGUGUUUUUGUA